AUGGCGAGCUCUCUCAAAGCUGAGGAAAAAUACUCCUUGAUCUCCCGUCGCUUAGAGCUUCAGAAUGGCCAGUCUGCCCAGGAGUUGCAAUCACUUCUAAUCCAAGGCAAGACUAUAAAAUACCAGUGGGUUACCGCUCCCACCGGAAAACCACACAUUGGUUACUUCAUUCCUUUGAUCAAAUUUGCGGAUUUUAUUCGUGCGGGGGGCGAGGUUAUCGUUGAAUACAUCGAUGUGUAUGCAUUCUUGGUCAAUUACAAGUUUCCAUGGGAACAGGUACAGCACCGCACAACAUACUAUCGGUCAAUCAUCACUGCAGCCCUUGAAGCUGUGGGAGUUCCGGCUUCAAAAGUAUCAAUGGUGCAAUCUUCAUCGUAUCAAGGCACCCACAAGUUCAGCGUGGAUUUUUGGAAGCUCUGUGCACUCUGCUCUCAGCAAGAUGCUCGUGAUACCGGGGCCGAAGUUGGAGCUUCGACAAUGUUAAGCCCGAUGCUCACUCCGCUGCUUCAAGAGCUGGGUGAGGAGUAUGUUAGUGCUGAUGUUCAAUUCGGUGGCAAGGACCAGAGGGGUAUCUUCAAUCUCGGAGAGCAAUUCCUCCCCGAGCUGGGGUAUUCAAAGCGCGUUCACCUCUUGAAUGAGAUGCUCCCAAGCCUCACUGGUGGGAAAAUGUCAUCCUCACACCCAGCAUACACCAAAAUCAUGUUUUUGGACGACCCUAAAACGGUCAGAGAGAAGAUUGCUGGUGCCUGUUGCACGGCUGGCGAUGUCCAAGGAAAUGGCAUUCUGCCAAUUGUGCAGCAUAUCCUCAUGCCAAUCAGUGAACUUCGGUUAUUUAACAUUGAAAACGCCAAUUAUGUCGUACAUGAUGGGUCGAAUGGGCUGGGUGAUCGUCAAGAGGAUAUACACCUUCCGCUGUCUGCCAAGGGGGCUCCAGACGGGACACUUUUUAGCGUCCGGGUCCCGGAUGCAGACUACGCAUGCAACUCAUACAGGCAUUACAAAAACUAUGAGGACCUCGAGCAGGACUAUGUUAGCCUGAAGAUUGACCCUGAUGCUCUCAGAGAAUCUGUUGUAUCCGGGCUUAACCAAGUGUUGAAACCAAUUCGCGAGAUAUAUGAAGGUAACGAGGAAUGGCGCCAGUCAGAUAUUAUGGGCUACCCCGAAGAUCAGCCAACAACGCAAAAUGGGAACCGGGGAAAUACUUGA